AUGCCAACAGCAGCGCUGACUUUACCUCCAGUAGAGUGUUGUUCUAAGUGCUUUGCAGUUAGAUUUGCUUAUGAACCACUUGGAUUCUGUUGUUCAGAUGGCGAAGUUGAGAUUGCAUCAAAUUCGUUCCCAUCAGAACUCAUUAGACUCUUUACUUCCCAAGAUGAUGAUGUUGUGCACGUCAGAACAUAUGCACGCCUUUAUAAUAAUCUCUUCGCUAUAGUUCUCUUGGUGGCGAUUUUGAUUCAUGUACUCAAAAAGGCAUUUACAUAUUCAAAAAACCGCUUGAAUUUGUUCCCUGAAUUGAGGCCUGAUGUGAUCGCUAUUCUGAUGGAAAUCAUGCAACACAACCCCUACGCGAAAUUUUUCAGAUCCCUUCGCGAGCUUGAUGUUGUGGAGGAUACAGAAAUACGAUUAAACAAAUACCCUGUGCUUGACCAGCGCAUGUACAAUGCUCCUACUGCUGAAGAGGUUGUUGUAAUAUGGGCUGAGGAUUCUGCAACUAGCGCGACUGGUGGGCCCCAUAUUAUUGUUCACGGGAAGGCUGAACGCGAGCACAGGAUCAUGCACUACUAUGGAUGUUAUGAUCCCCUACAGUAUCCCCUCCUUCGACCCUACGGUGAUUGUGGUUGGCAUCACGGUCUUAAGAAAACAAACAAUGGUGGCCGUAGGCAACAUGCCCUUGCUCAGCAAAAUAUCGCUGCUGCAUUAGCUGGCGAUGUCGAUGCUUUCUUAGCCGCUGAAGCUGUUGUUGCGACGCAGGUCAAAACAACUAGAACUCAAAUCUCAUGCAGAGCAUACUAUGCAUAUCUUCUGCAAAUGCGUCCUCGGAACUACAUUUUGCGAGCGUGCCGCUUAUUUCAACAAUUCAUUGUUGAUACGUAUGUGAAGCUUGAAAACACGCGCCUGGAUUUUUUUAGACACAAUCAGGCAACAAUCCGGGCAGAACUGUAUCAAGGCAUCUUGGAUUGCUUUGAAGGUGGCGAGAAUAGUGGAGCAAAUGUGGGGCGUAGAGUUAUUCUCCCGCCUACCUUUCUCGGUGGUCCUCGUGACAUGAAACGGCGUUACUUAAAUGCACUGACCCUGGUGCAAUGCUAUGGUAAACCUGAUCUUAUUAUUAUGAUGACGUGUAAUCCGAACUGGCGUGAGAUCAAAGAUCAUCUUGCUCCAGGUGAACUUGCCCAACAUCGGCCAGAUAUAGUCGUGCGUGUUUUCCGUGCAAAAUUGCUCAAAUUGAAAAAACUGCUGGUCGAGGACAGUGUUUUGGGUGAGGUUGCAGCAUACACAUACGUUGUUGAGUUCAAGAAGCGCGGUUUGCCCCAUGCACAUUAA